CGCUCGCGGGGCUCUUCGCGCCGCAGGCUCCCUCGCUGCAGCACACACAAUGCUUCUCCGCGCCGGCCUCAGCCUGAUGCUCGCCUCCUCCCCGCCGCCGCCGCUCGGUCUCGCGACGGAGCUGCUCCUCUCCGCCUCCGACUCAAUGGUCGCCGCCGCCGCCGUCCUCGGCGAGAACCAGCGACAGGAGGAGGAGCCUGGCCGGCUCUCGGCUUGCGGCUGCGCGCUCGGUAACGCGGCGCGCGAGCUGGAGCUCUUUGCGCACGAGGUGUGCGUAGCGCGGGAGUGGGAGUCGGCCACGGCGCCGCUCGCCGCCGCGGCAGCCUGCCUCUCCACCGCCGCAGCCGCUGUGGACGGCUUCUUGGAUGACGGCGACGCGCUGCAGUGUGCCGCCGACGAGCUCGAGGACGCGUCGUCAGUCACCGGAUGCAUCAUGCUGGCCGCCGCCGCGGGGCCAAACUUGGACGCGGCGGGCGGUCACCUCGCGGCUGCCGGUAGCGCCGUCGCGGCGCACGGCGGCGGCCUCGCAGGAGGUGUGACGGCCGCGCACGCUGAGGCGGGGGCGCGCCUGCAGGGCGCGGGCGGGGCGAUGGAGCAGGCGGGCCGGGCGCUGGCGCAGGCCGGGAGGCAUCUGGAGGAAGGGGUGAGUUGAUAAUAAAGAAAAGACGACUACGCCGGCUAGUCGC